AUGGCGGAAAGCGUAAGAAUCUCAAAGAAUCCUGCAACUGGAGAUCUUUCUUCCUCAAACAAUGGGCAGAUCACAGUAAAUCAAGUCAAAUUCGUCGGAAUAGAAUAUCCAGGUUUUAUAAAAGAUGAAAAUCACAUGCUUGAAACCCUAGGAGGUGAGGAAACAGUGUCAAGGACUUACUCAAUUCCUACGCGACGAUUAGAAUUGUCAUUUCGUCCUGAAGAUCCUUACGCUCAUUCAUUGUGUGGUGAUCGGUAUGCUACUGCAAACUUACUACUGAGAGUGAAACGGCGAAAGAAAAAGCAACAACGAGGAAACGGUGAGACGGAAGUAGUGAAAUAUGAACAGGAGAUAUUGGGGAUAGUUGGAAAUUCAUUCAAGUUUGAAGUUAUGGCUGAUUUUCAAUACCUUGUUCCUGACUUGCCUGAUGUCUUGAAACAAGUCACUGAUGGAGCUGUAUUAAAUCAAGAUGUCCCUUAUCAUUUACAACCUCCAGUGUUUACAAGGUUUGAUCAUCCAAUAAACUACAACUACAAUGCCGAGUCUGCACCACGAGGCAAUAAAACUGAUCAAGGAAAUGAAAAGGAUGAAGAAAGCUUGGUUGGAACAAGAGCAAGAAGUAGAAGACCGGUUUAUGCAAUUGCCAUCAAUUUUAAUACCCCUGAAGUUCCCACUGCUGCAAAUCCUAAAGCAGAAGAAAUUGCAAAUCGGCCAAAAGAUGGUCUUGUGGAUGUCACAAAGAAACUGUUUGCCAACAGGCCUAUUUGGUCCCGCUCAGCAUUACAAUGCCACAUAACAAGUGCAUCACAAGAAAGACUAAAACAACUGCUGGCCUGCACAGCUUAUUAUUGGCUUAAUGGACCAUGGAGGACUUUGUGGACGCGAAUUGGAUAUGAUCCACGGAAAGACCCCAGUGCCAAAAUUUAUCAGAUGCUUGACUUCCGUGUUGGUAGCAGGAAAGGGGCUAAAAAUCUUCCAAUCAAAGCAAAGAGAAGUUUAAGCAAAUAUGUUCUUCCAAAUUUGGUCAGAAGAACUAACAGCGUGCAGGGAACUUUGGCUAAAGAAGUUGUUAUGGUGGACAGUGAGAAAAAAGCAGAGGAGAAGCAAAAUCAAGAACCAGAUUUACCAUAUGUCUUUACUCCUAACAAAAUGCCGAUACAGAAACAGCUGUUUUAUCAAGUAUGUGACCUUCAUGACCCAGAGAUUCAAAGACUCCUCAGCAGAAAUGAUGGCCAGGAAGAGGAGUGUCACGAGCGUGAUGGUUGGUGUUUACCAGGCACAAGUGAUCAGAUCAGAUCCAUUCUUUACCAACGGACUACUGAACUAGCUGAGAGACUUAAACAGGAACAGCUGGGGGACGGAACGGAGGCAUCAGCUUCUCAAUUAGAACUCAUAGGAGAGGAGUGGGCAGGACACGAAGGCGUUCAAAACUACUUGCAAAUGCUUGAACAGGACGAUGAUAUUGAGGCGUACGAUAUUUUUGAUGACUAUGGUGAAGGAGACGAUUAAAUGAGAUGCGUGACCGUU